AUGGCCGGAAAGGGGGAAGGACGGGCGAUCGGGAUCGAUUUGGGCACGACGUAUUCGUGCGUGGCAGCAUGGCAACGCAACCGCGUUGAGAUCAUAGUCAAUGAUCAGGGCAACCGCACCACACCUUCUUACGUCGCUUUCACCGACGACGAGCGUCUCAUCGGAGAAGCUGCCAAGAAUCAAGUCUCUAAUGCUCCAUCUAACACUGUUUUUGAUGCAAAGAGGCUGAUUGGCCGUGAAUUCAAUGAUCCAAUGGUUCAAAGUGACAUAAAACUAUGGCCAUUCAAGGUCAUUCCUCACUCCACCGACAACAACAAGCCUAUGAUAGUACUCUCAUACAAAGGAGAGGAGAAACAGUUUUCAGCCGAGGAGAUCUCUUCAAUGGUGCUCUCCAAGAUGAAGGAUAUCGCCGAGGCCUAUCUUGGUUCAUCUGUCAAGAUUGCUGUCGUGACUGUACCUGCUUAUUUCAAUGACUCUCAGCGUCAGGCAACCAUGGAUGCUGGAACUAUUGCUGGCAUAAAUGUUGUUAGGAUCAUCAAUGAGCCUACUGCUGCAGCCAUGGCAUACGGUCUAGAUAAAGGUGGUAAUGUGGCUAAGAAUGUGCUGAUUUUCGACCUUGGUGGUGGCACGUUUGAUGUGUCAGUGGCCGCGAUUGAGGCAGACUUCAUUGAAGUGAAGGCAAUUGCUGGAGAUACUCAUCUUGGGGGGCAAGACUUUGACAGUAGGAUGGUGGAUCAUUUCGUGAAAGAGUUUGAAAGGAAGAAUAAUAAGGAUAUUAGCGGAAAUCCAAGAGCUAUUAGGAGACUGAGGAGUGCUUGUGAAAGAGGCAAGAGGAUGCUUUCUUCCACUUCCCAAACUAAUAUUGAGAUUGAAUCUUUGUUUGAGGGGAUUGAUCUGUUUUCUACCAUCACUCGUGCUAGAUUUAAUGAGCUCAACAUGGAUUUGUUCAACAAGUGUAUGGAACUGGUUGAGAAAUGCGUGAGUGAUGCAAAGGUGGAGAAGAGCAAAGUGGAUGAGGUGGUGUUGGUUGGCGGGUCGAGUAGGAUUCCAAAGGUGCAGGAGAUGUUGAAGGAGAUUUUCAAUGGGAAGGAGGCGAGCAAGAGCAUUAAUCCAGAUGAAGCUGUGGCGUAUGGUGCUGCAGUGCUGGCUGCCCAGUUGAGUGGUGAAGACGAUGAGAAGGUGCAGAAUGUGGUUGUUUCGGAUGUCACUCCUUUGUCUAUUGGUGUUAGAACUGUUGGAGAUGUGAUGUCAGUAUAUAUUCCACGGAAUGCACCAAUCCCAACAAGGGUGGAGAGUAUUGAGACGACGUCCCGGGACAAUCAGACGAGUGUAGAGUAUAUGGUGUACGAGGGCGAAAGAAGCAAGUGUCUUGAUAACAAUCUGCUAGGUGAAGUCUUGCUCUUCGGCUUUCCAGCUGCGCCCAGAGGUGUUGCUAAAUUCAAAGUAUGCUUCGACAUCAAUAAGAAUGGGAUCUUGAAAGUGUCGGUAGAGCACAUUGGAUCCGAGUUGAAAAGGGAGAUAACCAUUGACAAGGACAAGGGUAGGCUGUCCAAGAAUCGAAUUCGCAAGAUGCUGAAAGAUGCGGAGUUGCACAAGUUGGAGGAUGCGGAGGUUUGGCAUAAGGCCGACGCGAGGAGAGCUUUGGAGAACUACACCUACGACAUGAGGGACACCACCAGAUGUGCAGCCGGGAUGAGAUCAGCCGACAAGAAGAAGGUAGAGGAGGCCUUCGAGGAUACUAUGAUAUUUUUGGGGGCAAGCUUUUCUGGAAAUUCUUAUGCUUGCUUAGGCAAGUUGGGGGAGCUUAAGGAGAUUUACGAACCCAUUAAAGCCAAGAUGGCCCACACCACGGAUUCCAUUUCAGAAUAUAAGUCUCAACUCGCUCACCUUUCAGAAUAUACGAUCAAGGCACGUGAAUUUUUCAGCAUAAGAGUUUUUUGGUUUUUUCUCUUUUUUUAUAUUUUUUUCUUAUUGUUUCCCAUGCAAAAUAUACAAAUUGACCAAACUACCCCGCAGAAAAUUCAAAAGUCCAAUUCUGAAUUCUGA